UUUUUCCCCUCUCAGAUGACAUCAGUGAGUCCGGCUGGUGGCCGCGCCCCUAACCCAGACGUAGCCAAUGAUUGUCCUCGACUUGCCUCCUCACGUCGGCGCCCUGCCCCCCGCCUUUCUCCCCUCAGUUCACGUCGCGUACGGUGUAGAGACACGGCGGUGGCGGCGGAGUGUGCGCGGAUGGAGACCUGACCGACGAGAGUUCACCAGCCGGGAGCCGCCAUUACCGACUCGUCGGGAACUUUAUCUGUUUUCUUUAUUCUCCCUCCUGUGUGACUGACUGGUGGAAUCAAGAUGUACGCCGGAGCCGGCCCUGUUCUUGCGCCUCCCCCUCCCGCACCACCUCUCCCAAUGCCAGCAUAUACUUUUAAACCACCGCCAAGGCCGGAUUUUGGCACCUCAGGAAGGACGAUAAAGCUGCAGGCAAACUUUUUUGAAAUGGACAUUCCCAAAAUAGAGAUUUACCAUUAUGAAAUUGAUAUCAAACCAGAAAAAUGCCCCAGAAGAGUUAACAGGGAAAUAGUAGAACAUAUGGUAUUGCAUUUCAAGGGUCAAAUCUUCGGAGAUCGAAAGCCAGUUUUUGAUGGGAGGAAAAAUCUUUAUACUGCAAUGCCCCUUCCUAUUGCCAGGGACAAACAGGUGGAAUUGGAAGUUACACUGCCGGGGGAAGGAAAAGAUCGCAUCUUCAAAGUGGCGAUCAAAUGGAUGGCUUGUGUGAGCUUACAAGCGUUACACGAUGCAUUGACUGGACGUCUUCCCAGCGUUCCUUUUGAGACUAUCCAGGCAUUAGAUGUAGUGAUGAGACAUUUGCCCUCUAUGAGGUACACGCCUGUCGGCCGCUCAUUCUUUACUGCAUCCGAAGGAUGUGCAAAUCCUCUUGGUGGAGGUAGAGAAGUUUGGUUUGGCUUCCAUCAAUCUGUCAGACCUUCCCUCUGGAAAAUGAUGCUCAACAUAGAUGUAUCUGCUACAGCGUUUUACAAAGCACAGCCAGUAAUAGAGUUCAUGUGUGAAGUUCUGGACUUUAAAAGCAUAGAGGAACAACAGAAACCUCUGACUGAUUCCCAAAGGGUUAAGUUUACCAAAGAGAUUAAAGGCUUAAAAGUUGAAAUUACACACUGUGGACAAAUGAAAAGAAAGUAUAGAGUGUGCAAUGUGACCAGACGGCCAGCAAGUCAUCAAACAUUCCCUCUCCAGCAAGAGAGCGGACAGACGGUGGAGUGCACCGUCGCACAGUACUUCAAGGAUAGACACAAACUAGUAUUACGCUACCCCCAUCUUCCAUGUUUACAGGUCGGGCAGGAGCAGAAACAUACGUACCUCCCCCUCGAGGUAUGCAACAUAGUGGCGGGACAAAGGUGCAUAAAAAAACUGACAGACAAUCAAACCUCCACUAUGAUUCGAGCUACAGCCCGAUCCGCUCCAGAUCGCCAAGAAGAGAUCAGUAAAUUGAUGCGUAGUGCAAGCUUCAAUACUGAUCCCUUUGUCCGUGAGUUUGGGAUUAUGGUGAAAGACGACAUGACCGAUGUCACUGGCAGAGUCCUUCAACCCCCUUCAAUUCUUUACGGAGGCAGGGUAUGGGAAGAGCCAAAUGCUCCCUUGAAUAAGGCCAUUGCUACCCCUGUGCAAGGUGUAUGGGAUAUGAGGAACAAGCAGUUUCACACCGGUAUUGAAAUAAAAGUGUGGGCCAUUGCUUGCUUUGCUCCUCAGCGGCAGUGUACAGAACUUCACCUGAAGACUUUCACUGAACAGUUGCGGAAAAUCUCUCGUGAUGCUGGCAUGCCCAUUCAGGGGCAGCCUUGUUUCUGUAAAUAUGCUCAAGGGGCGGAUAGUGUUGAGCCAAUGUUCAGGCACUUGAAGAACACGUACACUGGACUACAACUGAUCGUUGUAAUCCUCCCUGGGAAGACGCCUGUGUACGCCGAGGUGAAGCGCGUGGGGGACACUGUGUUGGGCAUGGCCACCCAGUGUGUGCAGAUGAAAAAUGUGCAGAGAACCACACCGCAGACUCUGUCCAACCUCUGCCUGAAGAUUAAUGUUAAGUUAGGAGGCGUCAACAACAUCCUCUUACCCCAGGGCAGACCUCCAGUGUUUCAGCAGCCUGUCAUAUUUCUUGGAGCUGAUGUCACUCAUCCUCCUGCUGGGGAUGGAAAGAAGCCUUCUAUCGCAGCGGUUGUAGGUAGCAUGGAUGCUCAUCCCAACCGAUACUGUGCCACUGUGAGAGUGCAGCAGCACCGACAGGAGAUUAUCCAGGACCUGGCUGCCAUGGUCCGAGAGCUGCUCAUUCAGUUCUACAAGUCUACUCGCUUCAAGCCCACAAGGAUCAUUUUCUACAGGGAUGGUGUUUCUGAGGGGCAGUUUCAGCAGGUAUUGCAUCACGAGUUGCUUGCAAUUAGAGAAGCUUGCAUUAAAUUGGAGAAGGAUUAUCAGCCUGGCAUUACCUUUAUCGUAGUACAGAAAAGGCAUCAUACAAGACUCUUCUGUACAGAUAGGAAUGAACGGGUUGGAAAAAGUGGAAAUAUUCCUGCUGGUACCACGGUGGACACAAAGAUCACACACCCGUCAGAGUUCGAUUUUUAUUUGUGUAGUCACGCUGGUAUACAGGGAACAAGCAGACCUUCACACUAUCACGUUCUCUGGGACGAUAACCGAUUCUCCUCAGACGAGCUGCAAAUUCUUACUUACCAGUUGUGCCACACUUAUGUUCGCUGCACUCGUUCCGUGUCAAUCCCUGCUCCUGCAUACUACGCACACUUAGUGGCUUUUAGAGCCAGAUAUCACCUGGUGGAUAAAGAACAUGACAGCGCUGAAGGCAGCCACACCUCUGGUCAGAGCAAUGGCAGAGACCAACAAGCACUUGCUAAGGCAGUACAAGUUCAUCAGGACACACUGCGUACAAUGUACUUUGCUUAACUGGUGCUGGAACCCGAAUUUAGAGGCACUACCCGGAGGAGCAUUCACGCCAGACCAGCUGCACUUACCUGUAAUGUAGUCUGAGCUACAGUGACAUCCAGCAAAAGUGCAAUCUACCCAUAGCCCUGUUACUCUCAAACAGCCCUCAGUAUCCAACCAGCCUUCCGUCCAGACCCGAAAUACUUUUAUCUUAAACUUUAUACCUGCAUUGAAUCGUGAGGUUUGUGAAAUACACACACACAUUUAAAUAAGCGUUUACAAAAAUUACCCUUUUAAACAAAAAGGUUCAGCUUUUACCAUUCUCUCAGGGCUCAUAAAAAAAAAAAGCUAUGAAAAUCUUUACUCUGUGGAAAUUUCGUGUUGAAUAUAUCAGAUAAAUGUUACGGCCUAGGGAAAAAAAAUGGAGGAAGAAAAGGAUCUUGAAAUUUUUAAAGCCUUAAAUAUUUUAAGUGAAUUCAUCAAGAUGUUUUAUUACAAUUUAUUUUUUAUUUUUUACUUCUGACAUUUGUGUCAAAUAUUCUAGUACAUAAGAUGAUGUAUGAAAAUCAAGUCUGUCACCAAUGAGUAAAGGAAGAAUAUAAUAGUAUUCCUUUUGGUUUUUUAAAUAACUGUGUGCCAUUCAGAAAGAGAGAGGAAAACUUUGAGGCAUAGUUUUUACGGCAUUUGUCUGGCUGCACUCGUACCUUUUUUUUCCCCUCCCCAAGGUUGCUGACUAAUACGGGUCUGUGGCAAUGUGGACAGUACAAUCAUGUUAAGCUAAUGUACAGAAAAGAAUCUAUUUUAGCAGUAUUAAUGUGAGAUGACGUGCUAUUUAUUUUAUUUACACAGAUCACCCUAUUUCUAUUAACCUAUGUUAUGUACUUGGGCUUAAAUGGUGUCCUGUUUAACCCUUGCACUGACAAUGCGACCUGUAGAGCCUUUACAGGACCACCGGCAGUGAAUGGAUUAAAGAAGAAAAAAAUAAAAUAAAACCUCAUUUUUUUUUUAAACUGCUUCACCUCCAGAGGGCACAUAAUACAUUGCAAUGCAAUAAGAAGCAAUGUCUCUCCGAUCCCUCUGGUUGAUAACAGGGUUAUUGUGAGGAGCCAACCCCAAGGGUUAAUAAAAAAAAAAAAAAAAAAAGAAUUAAACUUAGGAAUUUUUUUUUUAUUAUUUACCAUUCUUUUAUGCAAAACCUUUUUAGUUCCGGAGCUGCGCCUUUUUAAUGGCAGCGGAGGUUUCAUAGUUGCAUAUAUGUUUCUGUACGCUUCUAACCACAAAUACUGACUCUCAUCUCUGUAUACUAUAGUCUUUGAGGCUCCCGCACUGUGUUUUACGACUCUUUAUAAUGUCCCUCGCGGUAGGGGAAUCCUCAUGCUGUCAGGCCUCAAAGAUGUUCAUAUGCAACCUGUAUUAAUUUUUAUUUCAUUUUUUUUUUUGUAUCUAUAUAUAUCUAUUUAUCGUCUCCUGAUCCUCCUAUGCUUUAAGGAAUAUGCAAUUCUGCAAUAAGAUGUUAUACAAAGACUCGGUUUUUUUAAGCAUACAGUGCAGUAGUCUGGGUCUGUGUUUUUUGUGAAACUGCGGGCAUGUGAUUUUUAUUGUGUAUUGAGCCUUAACACUGUAAAUGUCAAUUUAGGAAAGAGUUUUCCAACCUGUUGGUCUUCAGCAGUUGUAACACUACAGCUCCCAGCAUGCCAUGAUAGCCACAGCCUGUAGAGCAGUGGUCUUCAACCU